GGUACCGAUGUCAGGUACGACUGGGUUCUAUGUGUGGCCAUUUUAUUAGGGCGUGGCCAUUUUAUUAGGAACACCCCUUCGUCAGUAUUGCAAUGAAAAAGCUUACAGGCGACUGCGAAAAACAACAGUUCGCUGUCUAAAGAAGAAAAAGAAAAAGUAGCCACUACUAACUCCACUCAGUAUGGGUAGGCGCAAGGAUUUAUCCAAAUUUGAAAGGGGCAUGAUAGUGGGCGCCCGUCUCCUGGGUGCACCCGUAUCGCAGACCUCAGUACUGUCCGGCAAGUCCAAGACUACAGUCUCACGCGUCUUCACCGAGUGGCGGAAAUCGCAAAAGACAACAACGGACCGGUCGAGGUGUGGGCGCAAGCGGCUGGUGACCGACAGUGUCAGACAAUGGCUGGAGAAAAUCGUGACCUCUGAGCGGACUAUGACGAUAGCAGCCAUUACCCAAACUCUGAACGCUGGCAGCGAUGAGACAGUGUCGGCCAGGACUGUGCGCCGGGAGUUGCGUCGGAUGGGAUUUUACUGCCGUGUCCAAUUACAGAAACACAAUUCACUUGACUUAAAAGACAAAAAAGAGACAAAAGACGACAAAGAAAAUGGAAAAAAGCUUGCAGAUGAAAAUGGAGAAAAUGGAGGGAGUGAUGAAGAAUACCCCAGGGAGGUGAAGGAUGGGGAAGAAGAGGAAGGUGACGAGGGUCUUGAUGGAGAGAAGGAAGACGAGGACGAGGUUGAAGAGGUCGAGGAAGAUGAAGAUGAUGAUGAUGAAGACGAAGAAGAGCAGCCGCUACCAGCAGCAGCACACCCUGCGAAGAGACGAGGCAAUGAGCAGGAGACUGUUGGAAAGAAACGGCAGAAGACAGCCAGCGGUGUCUCGUAGGAUGCCUGACUCAAAACACAGAAAUCAAAUAAACCAACAUAGGAAUCCAACAGCCUCCUUACCCUUAACAUAGAGAGAGUGUGUUGUACUGUCAUUUAAAAAUAAAUGAAUGAAUAAAUAACUAAUUAAUUAAGAACGGAAACUAAACAAAUACUGGUGGGUGAUGUCAUAGAGAGCUGAGUGAACACUGAACUGGGAGGUACAUCAGGCUGGGGGCCAAGUAUAAUUCUGUUACAGUUACAGUUUUAAUUAGCUACAAUUACAGUUACAGUUACAAUUCAAUUACAUUUACAAUUCAAUUAGUUACAGUUAGCUACAAUUACACUUUCAAUUACAGUUACAAUUCAAUUACAGUUAUAAUUAAAUUACAGUUUCAGUUAGUUAGAAUUACAAUUCAAUUAUAGUUACAAUUACAGUUACAAUUAGUUACAGAUAUGCUACAGUAAUUGCAAUUGUAAUUACACUACAGUAACAUAAACAGCUCCACACAUACUCUAUUUAUUUAUUUAUUUUUUUCUUGCAAGCAGUAAUCACAGGUACAAAUACAGACACCUACUGUGUAACUAAUUUUUUCAAACAAAUGAGGUUGGGAAUCAGAAUAAUGUCUGCUUAGUUUGAAAUAGAGCUUGAAACUGUGAGGGAUUCAUCUUGGUGUGUGUGGUGGGGGGGCGGGCAUAAUGAUUUAUUUUCUCCAAACCUAGUUUACAGUGGACGCGUGAUGAUGCACACAGCUUCUAUACAAUACAUAUACCUAAUAGUGGAUACAAGGUUUGUUAUCUUUAACAAUGAUUUUAUUCAGGUUUACUUUACUGUUGUGAUUUUGCAUAGUGCACAGUGCCACCAGUACUUGUGGCUGAAUACUGUAACUGCAGCUUGUUUUGAUUUGGAGUUUGGUAACAGUAUUUUUUUCCCCUUUUAAAAUGAUAGUGUGGGUGUCGUUUUGUUUAAAUUUACUGUUAAUUUAAUUUGUUUGUGUGUGUUGUGUAAAAUCGACGAAGCACUAUGUACAUUCCAUUAAAUAAAUUUGUAUACA